CGUGGCGCCGCCACCAGCUCGGGCCCUCCUUCCGGCUGAGCGAGAGGCCGCAGGGAUCCCCUUCUGUCCCAAUGCAGUGGAGCUGAGAGCGCCGGCGGGCCUCUGGAUCCCGCUGCAGACUUAGGAGAUGCCUGGGACAAGGAGGCCACCUCAGAGCAAAAGGAAAAGGAGGUGACAAGUGUUGAGACCACUGAAGGGAACCCAUGGCUAGGAUCAGUUUUUCCUACCUCUGCCCAGCCUCCUGGUACUUCACUGUGCCCACAGUGAGCCCAUUUCCCCGUCAGCGGGUGGCAUUCCUGGGACUCUUUCUCAUCUCCUGUCUCCUUUUACUUAUGUUAAUCAUGGACUUUCGAUCUUGGGGUGCUUCCUUACCACGCGACAGGCAAUAUGAAAGGUAUUUGGCUCGAGUAGGGGAGCUGGAAGCUACUGACACUGAAGACCCAAAUCUGAAUUACGGACUUGUCGUGGACUGUGGCAGUAGCGGCUCCCGUAUUUUUGUUUAUUUCUGGCCAAGACAUAACGGGAACCCCCAUGACUUGCUGGACAUCAAACAGAUGAGAGACCGCAACAGCCAACCAGUAGUUAAAAAGAUCAAGCCAGGAAUCUCUGCAAUGGCAGACACUCCAGAACAUGCCAGCGAUUACCUUCGUCCUCUGCUGAGUUUUGCUGCUGCUCAUGUGCCUGUGAAGAAGCACAAGGAGACCCCCCUUUACAUCCUCUGCACAGCAGGCAUGAGGCUUCUGCCUGAGAGGAAGCAGUUGGCUAUCUUGGCUGACCUUGUGAAAGAUUUACCACUGGAGUUUGACUUUCUCUUUUCGCAGUCUCAGGCAGAAGUGAUCUCUGGGAAGCAGGAAGGGGUUUAUGCAUGGAUUGGAAUCAACUUUGUUUUGGGAAGAUUCGACCAUGAGGAUGAAUCAGAUGCUGAGGCUUCCCAGGAAUUGGCAACAGGACGCAGAAGGACAGUUGGGAUACUAGAUAUGGGAGGAGCCUCUCUCCAAAUUGCUUAUGAAGUUCCUACCUCAACCUCUGUUCUUCCUCCAAAACAGGAAGAAGCUGCCAAGAUUCUGCUGGCUGAAUUCAACCUGGGCUGUGAUGUGCAGCACACUGAACACGUGUACAGGGUUUAUGUCACGACCUUUCUGGGUUUUGGGGGCAACUUUGCCCGGCAGCGCUAUGAAGAUCGUGUGUUGAAUGAAACUCUUAACAAGAACAGGCUGCUGGGCCAGAAGACAGGUCUGAGUCCUGAAAAUCCAUUUCUGGAUCCAUGCUUGCCCGUGGGGCUCACAGAUGUGGUGGAGAGGAACAGCCAGGUCCUGCAUGUCCGAGGAAAAGGAGACUGGGUGACUUGUGGGGCAAUGCUUAGCCCCCUGCUGGCUCGCUCCAACACUAGCCAGGCCUCACUGAAUGGCAUCUACCAGUCACCAAUUGACUUCAACAACAGCGAGUUCUAUGGCUUUUCCGAGUUUUUUUACUGUACAGAGGAUGUGUUGCGCAUCGGUGGCCGCUACCAUGGGCCAACAUUUGCCAAGGCUGCUCAGGAAUAUUGUGGUAUGGCUUGGUCAGUACUAACUCAGAGAUUCAAGAAUGGCCUCUUUUCGUCACAUGCAGAUGAGCAUCGACUCAAAUAUCAGUGUUUUAAAUCGGCUUGGAUGUACCAAAUCCUUCAUGAAGGAUUCCACUUUCCUUAUGAUUAUCCAAACCUGCAGACAGCUCAGCAGGUAUACGACCGAGAGGUUCAGUGGACGCUUGGAGCCAUACUGUAUAAAACACGAUUCUUACCACUCAGGGAUCUACGGCAGGAGGGUGUCCGACAGGUCCAUGGUAGCUGGUUCCGUCUCUCUUUUGUCUACAACCACUAUCUCUUCUUUGCCUGCAUCCUGGUGGUGUUACUGGCCAUCAUCCUGUACCUUCUGCGGCUACGCCGAAUUCAUCACCGACAAGCUCGAGCCUCAGCUCCACUGGACUUGCUGUGGAUCGAACAGGUGGUGCCCAUGAUUGGUGUGCAGGUGGGGCCAUGAGGCCAGACAGGGACUAAAGAAGCUGGAGUACCCCAGAGUUGCUGCUGGUUGAAUUCCAUCAUUUUCUUCUGCUAGCCUCAGAUGCUGCUUCGCCUGAACUUGUGGAUAUUUGGCCUUGGAAUUUCUACUUUAAUUCCUUCUCAGUACACAGGUCCUCUUCUCUGAGAGAAACUAUAAUCCAGUCUGUGAAGAACUAAGUAACAGAGAUUGGUGCUAGCAAAGGGGACUACCCUUAGUUCAACUGAGGCAUGCUUCUACUCCUUUAUCCGAGAGGUCUGGUGCGUUCUGGGAUCUAGCCUUUUCUCUCCUCUUGCUAUAAAGCAUGAGAUUUGGCAUUGGGUACAAUGGAAGCCUUAUUGAAACUAAACUUGGAGCAUUUGAUGCCAAGCUGGAGACAUUUUAGGAAAUGCAGGAGCCUUUCUUUCUCUGUAACAGAGAUAACAUUUAUGUGGAGAUCCACAACCUUUAAUAUGGAUCCAAGAUCUUUGCAGUUCAAUGGACCAGCUAUGAAUUUCCAGGCAAACGUAAUAACAGAACUUCCUCUUACUUGACAAAGAAGCCAUCAUGGGUGUGGUCCAAGAUCGCUGACAUAGUGUUGUGGAUGUUGGUAUGUGAUUUUAAAAGGUGGAAUCCUUACUGAUGGUCCAUUGAAAAUUUUGAGGAUAUCUUAAUCUGAUGCCUGGUAUGACCAGGAUAGAAAUUUUUUCUGCAUCCGUGUGCCUCACAGGCUGUUUAGGCAUUCAGUUACUUUUUGAGCUGUAAGUGUGCUUGUAGGAUAGAGAAGCUGUGAUGGGGAUUGGGGAACUGUAUUUGUCUGGUUUCAGGUCACUAUAUGCUAGGCCUAUCUUUAUGAGCCUCUGUAGGAAGUUUCAGAAAGAAUUGCUUCAUGCUAAGAUCAAUAAUGCCAUUUGGGAAGGGAUGUACUUGGGUUGUUUACAAAGAAGGGAAGGGCAGUAUCAGGAUUGUGGGCAAAGGCAAUACAAUUAAAGCUCUUACUUAUUAAGGUUUUUUUUUUUUUUGAGAAAUAGAGAUUUCCUCAGUUUCUGACUCGGGGAAUGUCUGAAGGGAGCAAGUUCUACACUUUAGAAUAAAUGUUUAAUAAACCUGUUAAUAAGCCACCUGGCAACUUUCAGAACCUCUGUUAAGAGAUUGCUCAGUUGUAAACAGCAUUUCCAUUAAUGAGGAGAGAAGAAAGGUUACAAUAAUUACAUUUUAAUCCACUACCCCUCAGGAGCUCUGCUUCUCUAAAUUUAGUCUUUGAGUUGCAUGAGGAAUUUUCUUUGAUCAGCUCUCACCCUCCCCGCAUGGAGUCACUUUUUAUUGUACCCUUUCCCACAUGUGGCCCUUAAUGUCUGCCCAUGACUGUGCUCCUGCAGUUGAAGUAGCUUUCUUUUCUUUUGGUUGCCUUUGAUUUGUACAGUUAGGUGAGUAGGGGAAAAGUCUCCUGGCUUUAAAUAAAAAAAAAUAGAGGAAUUCUUCAAAAAUAAAUUCCAUAUGGGAAUAGAAAGGAAUUAAAUGUUUCAUAAAACAGAGAAAAAGAAAUUAAGAUACUCCAAGAAAUAAACUGAGAUGAAAAUAAGUAUACUGAUUCUUGGCUGGUUAGGAAAAAGGUAAGGAGUCUUGUUUCCUUUGGAAAUAUUUUUUACUUUGCAUUAGGGCUUAUGUCACAGCAAUUCCCUUUAAUUUUGAAGACUUCUAGAUUGCCUUGAUUUUCUUUUACUUUUUUAUUAUUUUUGUGUCACUAUGAGUGAGCCCUUGCCAUUUGAAAGCUGAUUAUAAUAAUGUCAGAAUAUGUUUUGCUAACCACCUACUCAGGUAACCUUUUCCCACCUCACCUUGGUUUCCAAAUAUUAUUUUUGGUUUUCUUGUGAGGGAGUGAUCUAGUGAAAAGCUACCUGAUUGGCUAACAGUGAUCACAUUCAUGUGCUCAAAAUGAAGUUGAAGUGGGGAGGAGGUGUUGAUUAGUCCAAUUUGAAAGUUCUUUUUAGUAAAGUUAGUCUUCAUACUGUUGUAAUAAUAAUAGCUACCAUUUGCUAAGCAUUUUUUAUGUACCAGAUACUCUAUUAAUAAAGAAUUUUAUGUGUAUUA